AUGGUCAAAUAUAGGGACAGUGUUGAGUACAGGGAGAGUUUUAAGGCCAAGAGGUUGGUCAGAUAUAGGGACAGCGUUGAGCACAGGGAGAGUGUUAAGGCUAAGAAGUUGGUCAGAUAUAGGGACAGCAUUGAGCAUAGGGAGAGUGUUAAGGCUAAGAGGUUGGUCAGAUAUAGGGACAGCAUUGAGCAUAGGGAGAGUGUUAAGGCUAAGAGGUUGGUCAGAUAUAGGGACAGCAUUGAGCAUAAGGAAAAAGUAAUAGAAAGCAUUAUGAGUAAGUAUCAUGGUAGUGUAGAGUAUAAGGAGAGAGUUAUUUCCAGUGUUAGGUUAGGUAGAAAGCAGAAGGUAGAGAAAGCAAAAGAUUUUGGUUUUGUUAGGGAGCAGUUUUUAGAAAAGGUCAGAGAUGGACCUGAUUUUGUUUGCUGUGUGUGUCAUAGGUUGUUUUUUAGAUAUCAGGUUGUUGUUUGUGAAAGGGAAGCUUAUAGGGAAAGUUCAGCGGCUGUGGCAGAUAGGUGUAUAGGCCAGCAGUAUUUGCAUCGGUGUAGUGGCGAGUGUGUUGCGCCGUGUUCAUUGGUUUCAUCGCGCGGUAAUUUGUGGAUUUGUUACACGUGUGAUAGAAAGCUUAGGUCAGGUGAGAUGCCAGCUGAAUGCUGGGUUAAUAACUUGGAGCUUGAUCCCAUUCCUGCUGAACUGGGAUCUUUGAAUAGUUUAGAACAGCAUCUUAUUGCGUUACAUAUUCCAUUCAUGAAGAUGUUGGCACUGCCUAAAGGCGGGCAGAAUGGAGUACAUGGACCAGUGACAUGUGUUCCAGCCAACAUUGUUCAGACUGCGAAUGUGUUGCCGCGUUCGAAUAUGGAAGGGUCUCUGCUUCAGGUUAAGCUGAAGCGGAAACUCACAUAUAAAGGGCAUUACGAGUACCAGUUUGUUGAUACGUUGCGUGUAAGACAGGCGCUAGAGUAUUUAAAGAGGAUAAAUAUUCAUUAUAGAGACAUUGAGUUUAAUGAGGACUGGGUAAAUGAGUUUGUUAGGGAGGAAGAUAGGGAGAGGGAAGAGGCCGAGUCAGGCAGUGAGGAUGAGGCUCAGGAAUCUUCUGACCAGCAUCCUGAAACAGGAAGGCAGAUCGCAGACGGUAGAGGAUUUGGAGUGGGCUGA